AGUCACAUCUCCGAAGCAAAUCCUUUCCGAGGAACUAUAAAGAGCUUGACCCCUCCAUCUUCCAUCUACUAGUAGUCUUGAAUUAAAACACUUACAAACACCAUCGACCGUCGCAAUGCCUCUCGUAACCCAGAACGUCAAGCCUCGUGUUAUCCUGGGUCUAAUGACCUUUGGACCCCCUGGUAGUGAACAGCUCGAUGCGCGUAUCUUUGACCCUGAAACUUACAACAAGGCUCUUGACAUCUUUCAAAGUAAGGGUUACAACGAAGUCGACACUGCCCGCAUCUAUGUUGGCGGCAAACAGGAGGGCUGGACUGGCUCGCAGACCAACUGGAAAGAGAGAGGACUUACUGUGGACACAAAGGUCAAGUAUCCUGUCCAGCCUGGCGAGAACACAUACGACAAGGUCAUCGAGUCGGUUGAGACCAGUCUGAAGGAGCUGGGAACCGACUGCAUCGAUCUGCUCUACCUCCAUCGUCCUGACCGCGGCACUCCUUUCCAAGAAACCCUCGAAGCUAUCAACAAGCUACACAAGGAUGGAAAGUUCGUCAAGUUCGGUAUCAGCAACUUCACGGCGUACGAGGUCGCAGAAGUUGUCAUGAUUUGCAAGUACAACAACUGGGUCCGGCCCACGGUCUACCAGGGCAUGUACAACUGUCUCACCCGUUCCAUCGAGGCAGAGCUUUUUGUAGCCUGCAGGAGAUACGGCCUCGACAUCGUUGUGUACAACCCAAUCGCUGGUGGUCUCCUGUCUGGCAAGAUCAAGUCGAUGGACAUCAAGCCUGAGAGCGGCCGCUUUUCUGAUCAGAGCAAGAUUGGUACGGCAUAUCGUCAGCGAUACUUCAGAGAGAGCACAUUCAAGGCUCUGAAGGCUAUUGAGGAAGCUACGGAGAAGAACGGACUGAGCAUGCUUGAGACAGCAUUGCGAUGGAUAAUCCACCACUCCGGACUAAAAGUCACAAACGGUAACGAUGGAAUUAUCAUUGGUAUGUCCAACAUCCAGCAGCUCGAGCAGAACCUUGAGCUCGUUGAAAAGGGACCUCUGCCCGACGAGGUGGUAAAGGCACUUGACCAGGCGUGGCUGUACUCCAAGGCAGAUACGGCCAACUACUGGCAUGGGGAUUUGGAAUAUACAUAUGAUGUACACGAGGCUCUGUUUGCCUGUUCUCCGGUGGAUUCCAGGUUCAACAAUGACGGCACCGUGCUGGAAACCCCCCCGCGCUGUUGGUCCCCUGCGCUACAGCGGAGCAAGCCCCCUGCAAAAUCGGGAAGUACCCAUUCCCUUCCCUCUCCCUUCAUGCCUCGGCGUGAUACCAGUGACCAAGAAGUCCGCCUUCUGCAAGGUCGCAAUCGAUCGUCUACAGACUCGGAUUCUUCAACAUCAUCUAGCGACGACACCACAUGCGAACCAGGCCCAUCUUCGACUGCCAGACCAAACGUUGUUGGCGCCCGUGGCACCGCCGAGCCUCCGAGCGACGCUUCCGAUCUUGACACGAAGCGCCACGAUCCUAAGAAUACAAAGAUCCAUAGUGACAGCGAGUGGUUGGAAUUGGACAAUAUGGAUCCCAAUGACCUUCGCCGUCCUCAUUACCAUCGUCAUGGCGAUGGUAAAUCUGGAACUCCUCUCCUUUACAAGGAAGAUGACCCAGAGCGCGGCCGCGCUGGUUACUCGCCUCCUAAUGAUGGAUCAAAGGGGUCAAGGGAGCCCAGCGAAGACGAUCUCCCAUAUCAUCCCAGAGAAUCAAUGGGAAGACCAAGUCUCAGUCGGCGAUCAACGAUGCGCAGUCGAAGCCCUCAAACCGCCGCCGCUGUUGCCGAAGAUUCGACCAAGAAGAGGUACACGUACGCAGGAUUCUUCCUCAUUAUCAGUCUGAUCGCAUUCUGCGUUCAGACAGAGCUGAGCGCAUACAUCCAACACGACCUUGGCUGGGACAAGGCUUACUGUAUGAUGUACUUUACACACGGUUCUUGGGUUGUGUUAUGGCCAGUUCAGCUCCUUAUUUUGCGCUUCCAGAAGCGCGAUGUACCAUGGCCAGUAUUCUGGAAGCGACAUAAACAGCAAUUACGCACCACCGCCAUUAUGAUCGAAAAGCAGACCUUGGAUGUAUUUCAUAUAUCGGUUCAACAUCGCGCGCGACCCGUUCGUUAUUUUGUUCGAUUCACUGCCAUCAUUACCUGCUCACUGACCGUCGCUGGUUUGAGUUGGUACAUUGCCGUUAGUCUGACAACGCCAUCGGAUCUGACGGCCAUUUACAAUUGCUCCGCCUUCUUCGCAUACGUAUUUUCCGUUCCACUUCUUCGCGAGCCCCUUCGACUCGACAAGUCGGUUGCUGUUCUGAUCGCUAUUGGCGGUGUCCUCGUCGUUGCUUAUGGUGACACUAAGGAGGGAGGCGAGAGUGUCGAGGCCGGAAACCGAUUCCUUGGCAAUCUCGUCAUUGGCGUUGGUUCAGUUUUGUAUGGUCUGUACGAGGUCUUGUACAAGCGCUAUGCUUGCCCACCCGAGGGCUGUUCACCUGGUAGGGGUAUGAUCUUUGCCAACACCUUCGGUUCUUUGAUUGGGCUCUUCACUCUCACGGUGCUCUGGCUUCCUCUCCCAAUUCUUGACUGGCUCAACAUUGAAAAGUUCGAGAUCCCAGCGGCUUCUACGUGCUGGCUCAUUCUACUCGCGGUGCUUUCCAAUGCCACUUUCAGCGGUUCAUUCCUCGUUCUUAUCUCGCUGACUUCGCCCGUCCUGUCGUCGGUGGCUGCGCUGCUCACCAUCUUCAUUGUUGCCAUUGUGGACUGGAUGAUUACCGGCGAGCCCUUGAGCUUUGCCGCCAUUGUUGGAGGCGCCAUGAUCAUAGUCGCAUUCUUGGGCCUGACUUGGAGCACGUAUCGAGAGAUGAAGGAGCAUGCAGCGAUGGAGCCUGUCCCAGACUUUUCGGACAGCGACAAGGAUGGCGACAUCGAUAGUGACGAAGAUUAGACUUUGUGUAUUCAACAUGGCGUUGUGGGUUUCAGGGAACGGCUGGGGACUAGGUUCUGGCGGUAUGUCUAUUGUGUACAGACUUUACCAGCUGCUUUGUGCAUUUAGAGGCGUUGGAUUUAGGGUUCAUCUACAGGAAGCCUGGGAGGCUGAAGGUUUACCAACGAUCCUGCUACUUGGACCGAUAUAGUCGUGGAUGAGUGAUAGAUUUCAUAUUCUACCAAGAUAGAGCAUCAUGUAGAUAAAUUAUGAUCAACCUCAUCCACGCCAGUUUACUGUCUUUCUGAUCUCUUCCUGUGUAGCUUAAUAGGAACCCAGAUUCUGUGGCCUCAUUGGAAUUGGGGCCAUAUCAUAAAA